AAACCCGUCGUCUCUGUCGGAAGUGGCUCACUCCGAGGUGGCGCUCACAGGCAAGCGGGUUGUUGGUGAUUCCUUUUUUUCUUCUUCGUGUUUUCUCGGGCAUAUUUACCACAGCAGGAUAAGUCAUGCCGUCAGUUCCUUCUACCAAAGACGCCGUGCUCAAGGCUCCCGUGUGCCCCCACGCUGCCAAGAUGCUCAGCCACACCAACGGGGAGGCCAAGCUCCGCGAGGGCCCGUUCCCGCUGAACGGGGUUGACAAGCUGCACUCGGUGGAACCCGAAGAAUCCACCCGGACCAUUCAGAUCAACACAAAGAACGCCAGUCCGGAGAGGAAAUGGAUCCGGCCUGACCUACCCAGCCGUUGCAAGUGGAGCCUGGGAGCUUCAAAAGCCGACAACCCUCACACACAAAUCCCGAGAACUGUCUCUCCGGCCAUCCUCCCAAACAUCCUGCACAGGAUCGGAGACACUCCCUUGGUACGCAUCAACAAGAUCCCCAAAGCGUACGGACUCAAGUGCGAAAUACGUGAUGGCAAGUGCGAGUUCUUCAAUGCCGGCGGUAGUGUGAAGGACAGGAUCAGCCUGCGAAUGGUGGAGGACGCGGAGAGAGCCGGCCUCCUUAAACCCGGAGACACCAUCAUAGAGCCCACAUCUGGAAACACUGGUAUCGGGUUGGCCCUGGCUGCAGCUGUGAAAGGCUACCGCUGCAUCAUCGUCAUGCCCGAGAAAAUGAGCAUGGAGAAGGUGGACGUCUUGAGAGCUCUCGGCGCAGAGAUCGUGCGUACGCCCACCAGCGCUCGCUUCGAUUCGCCAGAGUCUCACGUGGGCGUCGCUUGGCGCCUCAAAAACGAAAUCCCAAACUCCCACAUCCUGGACCAGUACCGCAACCCAAGCAAUCCUUUGGCUCACUACGACACCACGGCGGAGGAGAUCCUGGAGCAGUGUGACGGGAAAGUGGACAUGCUGGUGGCGGGGGCCGGCACAGGAGGGACCAUCACAGGCAUCGCUCGCAAACUGAAGGAAAGAUGCCCCAACAUCAAAAUUGUUGGUGUGGACCCUGAAGGCUCCAUCCUGGCCGAGCCCGAGGAGCUCAACAAGACCGAUAAGACCCAGUACGAGGUGGAGGGCAUCGGGUACGACUUCAUCCCCACCGUGCUCGACAGAUCUGUGAUUGACACCUGGUACAAGUCCGACGACGAGGAGUCCUUCAACAUGUCUCGCAUGCUGAUCAGAGACGAGGGCCUGCUGUGCGGAGGCAGCUCUGGGACGGCCAUGGCAGCUGCAGUAAACGUGGCCAAAGAGCUGAAGGAGGGCCAGCGCUGCGUUGUCAUCCUGCCAGACUCCAUCCGUAACUACAUGUCUAAAUUCCUGAGCGACAAGUGGAUGGUCCAGAAGGGCUUCCUGAGCGAGGAGGACCUCACGGUGAAGAAACCAUGGUGGUGGAACCUGAGGCUGCAGGGUCUGAACCUGUGUGCCCCCCUCACCGUCCUGCCCACCGUCAGCUGUCAGAAGACCAUCACGAUCCUGAAGGAGAAGGGCUUCGACCAGGCGCCGGUGGUGGACGACGCUGGAGUCAUCCUCGGCAUGGUGACUUUAGGAAACAUGUUGGCCUCUAUUCUGGCGGGGAAGAUCAAGCUGUCCGACCCGGUCAGCAAAGUGCUCUACAAACAAUUCAAACAGAUCCGUCUGACUGACAAUUUGGGAAAGCUGUCCCGCAUCCUGGAGACUGACCACUUUGCGCUGGUGGUCCAUGAACAGAUCCAAUAUUUGACAGACGGCUCUCCCAGUCUGAAGCAGAUGGUGUUCGGCGUGGUGACGGCCAUCGACCUGCUCAACUUCGUCACGGUCCGGGAGAGGAGGGAGCGAUCAAUGUCAGAGUCCACCGAUGAGCUGAACUGAAACACCCGAGUACACACUUGUACAUUUCUUCCAUAAACAUAAACACAAACAAAGGUUUUAGGAAACCAUUCUUAAAAGAUGUCAACAGAAGAAAACCUUGUUUUUGAUUUAGUUUACCAGCUUUAUUCCACUUACAGCAAUAUUGAUUCAUAUUUUUCAUGUUUGAACCUGAGUCUUAAAAAUAAUAAGCAACAUGUGUUAAUAAGGCAACCUGUGAUGGGAUUACUUGAUUCUUACUUAUAUUUGCUUUUAGUGCUCAAAGCAAAUCUUGUUAGUUUUUAACUCGUUGGAAGCUUUUAGUUUUAUGUCACAGUCUUGAAUAGAGGACUCUGCUGGCGUUUUGUUUGUGGGGAACAUUCAUGAUUGUUUCACAGUUGCCUUGUGUAUCAAUCAAACAUCAGAUAUAAGACAUAGAAUAGUAUAAAAGACAUUCAUCUCAUUUAUCAAAAUAUAAGAAAUAGAGAGUUGCUGUAUAUAAGCAUAUUAUUCUUUCCAGUGCUGCUUAUUAUUUGCUGUUUCUUCGUUUGUGUAUAUGUGCACAAAAGAUAAAUCUGUGCAGUGUAAUCAUAUUUUUUGAAAAAGAAAAAAAAAAGUCCUUUUCUUUUCCUCUCCUCUUCCAACCCAUCCUCUGUGAUGUGACUGUAAAGAUGUCUUGACUAUUUAAUCUUAGCUCUGUCUGAGAGAAACGUUUUGUAUUGCAUCAUUUUACCCGAAUGAAUGUAUGACUUUAAAUAAAGUUUAGAAGAAGUCUAA